CUGUUCUUUUUCCCCACGCUGGUUCCGCGUCCUCUACUCUGGCCGUAAGCAACUCGCGUGUGGAGCUGUCUGGGCUGCCACAGCUUCAGCCUCUACCGCCACCUCAGCCUCGGUCUCCGCGAUGGGCAAAGCUGCCGACUCUCGAGAUGCAGGAGCCCGGCUCGAUCCAGUGCAGAGCUUCAACCGCUGGAAGAAGAAACACAGCCAUAAGCAGAGUAAAAAGAAGCAGUUGAGGAAGCAGCUGAAGAAGCCCGAAUGGCAGGUUGAGCGCGAAACUAUCAGCCGCCUCCUGCAGAGCUACGGGAAGAUAAAUGUAAAUGAAAUUACGAGAUUUUCAGAUUUCCCCUUAUCUAAGAAAACAUUGAAAGGUUUGCAAGAAGCCCAGUACCGUUUGGUAACAGAGAUACAGAAGCAGACCAUUGGGUUGGCUUUGCAAGGUAAAGAUGUUCUUGGAGCUGCCAAAACUGGAUCUGGCAAGACUUUGGCUUUCCUUGUUCCAGUGUUGGAAGCCUUAUAUCGUCUGCAGUGGACCUCAACAGAUGGGCUGGGGGUUCUGAUUAUAUCACCUACAAGAGAGCUAGCAUAUCAGACCUUUGAGGUUCUCAGAAAAGUAGGAAAGAAUCAUGACUUUUCUGCUGGUCUCAUCAUUGGUGGGAAGGAUCUGAAACAUGAAGCUGAGAGGAUCAAUAACAUAAAUAUACUGGUUUGCACACCGGGUCGGCUUCUUCAACACAUGGAUGAAACGAUAUGUUUUCAUGCUACUAAUCUCCAAAUGUUAGUUCUUGAUGAAGCAGAUAGAAUCUUGGAUAUGGGCUUUGCUGAUACAAUGAAUGCUAUUAUUGAAAAUCUUCCCAAGAAACGUCAGACUUUGCUUUUCUCAGCAACACAAACCAAAUCUGUAAAGGACCUUGCACGCCUGAGUUUGAAAAACCCUGAAUAUGUCUGGGUUCAUGAAAAAGCAAAAUACAGUACCCCUGCCACUUUGGAACAGAACUACAUAGUUUGUGAGCUUCAGCAAAAAAUAAGUGUGCUGUAUUCCUUUUUGAGAAGCCACCUGAAGAAGAAAAGUAUUGUAUUUUUCUCCAGUUGUAAAGAGGUUCAAUAUCUGUAUCGAGUGUUCUGCCGGCUACGUCCUGGAAUUUCUAUCCUUGCCCUGCAUGGUCGACAGCAGCAGAUGAGAAGAAUGGAAGUCUAUAAUGAAUUUGUUCGCAAGAGAGCUGCAGUACUCUUUGCUACUGAUAUUGCAGCCAGGGGACUGGAUUUCCCAGCUGUGAAUUGGGUUCUUCAGUUUGAUUGUCCAGAAGAUGCCAACACAUAUAUUCAUCGAGCAGGUAGAACUGCCAGGUAUAAAGAGGAUGGUGAAGCUUUAUUAAUUUUGCUUCCCUCAGAAGAAAAAGGGAUGGUACAGCAGCUUCUCCAGAAGAAAGUGCCUGUGAAGGAAAUCAAAAUAAAUCCAGAAAAACUUAUAGAUGUCCAGAAAAAACUGGAGUCGUUUUUAGCUCAAGAUCAAGAUUUAAAAGAAAGAGCUCAAAGGUGUUUUGUCUCCUAUAUACGUUCGGUAUAUCUGAUGAAGGAUAAAGAAAUAUUUGAUGUGAACAAGUUACCUAUACCUGAAUAUGCCUUGUCUCUUGGUCUUGCUGUGGCACCACGGGUAAGAUUUCUUCAGAAAAUGCAGAAACAACCUGCCAAAGAGUUGGUAGUGAGCCAAGAUAAUAAAGGAAGUGAGCCAAGGGCUCCCUCCCUCACCAAUGAUGAAGUGGAAGAAUUUAGAGCCUACUUCAAUGAGAAAAUGUCCAUCCUUCAGAAAGGUGGGAAAAGAACAGAAGGGACAGAGUUUGGACUGGCUAAUGGCAUUAGUGCUGAAGAAGAAGAAGAGAAAGAAGAUGAAGAAGAAAUAGAAGAGAAACUGAGAAAAGCUAAAGGGUAUCAUCCCGAUUCUGUCCCUAGCAUUGAUGAAUCACCAAAGAACAAAGAAGCUUUUUUGCAGUUCUUGACCAGAGAUGGUGAGGAGGAGGAGGAGGAGGAGGAGGAGGAUGGACUUGAUGCUGAUUUCUUUACGGUGAAGCGGCACAAUGUGUUUGGGUUGGACCUUAAAGAGAAUAAAGCUUUACAGGUAAGUGUACUCCCAGUGGAGGGUCUUCUGUUAGUCCCCAUUUCUUUUUAUGUUGCUUUGUUGCUUUUGGGCAACUAUGGGAAAGCAAGAACUAGGAGAAAUUUGUAAAAUGACUUUCUUUUCAUUGUACUCUCCCUUUUUUCUCUAUAUUUGGAGAUAGGUGCCUAGGAAUUCUCAUUUUUUUAAAAUGUGGGAACUCCUAAGAACUUUAAUCUUCUCAUUUACUGGUAUUCUCAUGCAUGUUGUUAAAGUAUCUAGAGUCAUGAUUAGAACAUCAAGGAGUAUGAGUUUCAUGGUUUUUAUGAGUGUGAGGAUUACUUCAUUGUGAUUCUUAUUAUACUACUUCUCUUUUAAAUAAUUACAGAUGUUCCUUACAA